AUGGUAUUCGGUGAAUGUCGUGAGCUGUCGUAUUCCCAUGACAACGCAACCAAAAACAAUAUGGAGGACGAAACGGUAGGAGCGACAGACAAUAUUGUCACCGAAUUUUCAACUUACGAAGACUUUCUAGACAGCCAAAUAACACCUCUAGAUCUUUAUUACCUCGAAGAUGAAGAACUUGCAAGACAAUUGGUUGAACUUGGCUACAGAGGCUCGGGAGAAGUGCUCAAACGUGAAGAAUUUGAGGCUCGAAAACAAGCGGCCGAAGCGAGUCGGUUGUCGAAACGAAGUCAACAGAAAACGUUAGCCAGCUUUGGAAAAGAGCUAAAAGAUCCGUUUCUAAAGGCUCUCGCACAACGUGAAGAAGCAAAUCGUAGCGGCAAAAUGACUUCGAUUAUAUUCAUACGAGAUAAAAAUUCCCGCGGUCAGGAAAUUUCUGGCUACAUUGAUUAUGCACAUAGACUUAAAAUUGAAGAUUUUGAACCGUAUUUCAGUGGGAGAAAACGGCUACUACCUAGACCAUCUGAUCUGAGUUUUUACAAUUGGGAGACGCAGACUGCAACAUCUAACCCUACGCCAAAUUAUCAAGUUAUUGCCGAGAAUGCAAGUGGACUGCUGUUCAAAAAUAAGAGAGAUAGGAAGGUUUUGAAUGUUGAUCCGAAGGCCCCGUCACCGGGUGAUAAUUCAGCGCGAGUUCCUUUAGAGUCUCCCAAAUAUGUACAGUUGGUUAUAUAUGAUCAUAUUACCCGACGAAAAACAUGA